AUGACGCUGGAUGACCAAAUCAACAAACUCAUUUCUGAGGGCGAAGGACUCGAGAUCGGAGCUGAAAAUGAAGGUCAGACUUUGUACCCAGAUAUAAUCACAAUAUGGGAGAAGGCAGUAGAGCUCGCCGAACAACACCACGGGAAUCUUGGCCAAGAGACUUUAAACUUACGUGAGCGCCUGGCCGACAGCCUUACCAAGGCAGGGAAGUUCCACAGGGCGAUAUCGUGCGAACUGAAAAAUGAGCACUGGACUCUCGAGCGUUACAAACAGCUUCAGGGCCCUUCUCGUGCGAUUAGCGCCCCAGCACAGGCCGCUAAAGCAAGUCACCUGGAAGCUCAACGACGAGUUGCGAGGACCUACUUACUAAACAAAGACUAUCCGAAUGCGGUCCAAAAGUUCCAAGCGGUGGUUGACGAUAAGACCACACCGAAGUCAGCGGUGCAAAGAUGUAUAGAUCGAGUCGAUCUGGCGUCGGCUAUGUAUGCGUCUGGUACAGAUCGCGACAUCAUGGGAGCAAUAAAUCUCAAUAUAACGACCUUGCAAAGAGCGGAGGCGAGUCUAGGAAAAGACCACAUCGAGUCCGUAAAGGUCAGAUACAACCUGGGCCGAGAGUUGCGUGAUCUGAAGAAGUACGACGAUGCCCUGGAGAAAUUUAGCCAGGUAGUCGACAUCCUCCGUUUGAAAUCAUGUAAAGCCAGAUCGUCGCCUGAGUACCAAGAUUAUCUUGGAGACGCAGAGAUCUCGCUCAAGAACUGCAAAACCAGGGUUGACCGACAGAAAGAAAAGGCAAGACGACAGGCUGCCUCGGCAGCGGAAGAAAGAAGACAGAGGGAGGAGGAGGUCAAAGUCCAGGAAGCCGAGAAGACGCGUCUACAAGAGGCUGCAGAAAAAAAAGAGCAAGCUAAAGCACGGCAGCUGGCUGCCUCGGCAGCGGAUCAGAGAAGAAGGAGAGAAGAAGAGCUCAGAGUAAAGAGGGUUGAGGAAAUUCGAAUUCGAGAGGCUAAAGCUAGAGAAGAGGAGGCCGAGCGAAAACGGUCUCGAGUGGAGAAAGCCCGACAACAGGAGGCUGAACGAAUACGGUUACAGAAUGCCCAACAAGAGGAGGCUGAGCGAGUACGGUUACUAGAGGAAGAAAGAAGACGAAAAUUGAAUGAAGAUGCAAAGAGGCAGGCAGCUGAGGAAGCGCAUGAGCAAGCUAUGAAGGUCCAACAGGAGGAAGCGAAAGAAACACAGGCUCGUAAGGAAAAAGAUGAGGAAGAGAAAAAGCGGAAACAGGACGAAGACGCAAAGAGGGAGGCAGUACAGUUAGUACAGUUGCAAGAGGAAGAAGAGAAAAGACGAAAACAGAACGAGGCUGCAAAGAAGGAGGCAGCUGAGAAGAAUCGAGCUCGAGAGGCUAAAGACAGGCAAGAGGAAGCUGAGUCAGUACGGUUACGAAAGGAGGAAGAGAAACGACUACAAGAGGACGAAGACGCAAAGAGAGAGGCCGCUGAGAAAGCGCGCGAGAAAGAGACGGACGCCAAACAGGAGGAAGCAAGAAAGAUACAAGCGCGCAAGGCAGAAGACGAGAGAAAGCAUGAAGAGUCUGCGAGGCAAGCCACGCGCGAUAGAGAGAUGACGGCCAAAAGGAAACAGGAAGAAGAGGCCAAGUCGAUCUUGCAACAACUGGAUGCGCUUGCAGAAACUCUAAAAGGGCUCGAGACACGCAACAGCGAAGAGAUGGGUGAGGCUAGUACUGCUGUUGAGGGACAAAGUACAACACCUAGGGAAGAAUGUCUCCCCCAAACAGUGCUAUCGGCAGAGUGUAUUGCUCCGAAACCCACCGCAAAGUUCGAGGUUCCAGUUGAGAAUCAGAUGCUGGGAUGCAGCAAUCGAUAUCCGGUACGCACAAUACAAUCCGAGCCAAUCGUGGAGCGAUCUGCCGAGACGGAGAACGUGCCUGCAAAAGACCACAUAGUCCGCACCUCGAUGUCCUGGUUAGGGAGGCAGACGAAGCAGUUUGUUGACCUGCUUGUUCCAACAACUCCGCCGUGGGCCUCGACGCCCACCUUAAACACCCCAGAGUUUGUUGCAUUGAUGGAAGGAUCAAAACGAGAAAAGAGCAUGUCUGAUGCUCAACCUUCGAUCGAAACGCAACCUGAGCCUCAUGUGCGAUCCGAAUCUGUUCCAGUCAUCCGCGCAAAAAUAUUCGAGGCUGAGAGAAGAGAUGCUUUCGUGCCUGGUGGAUGGCAUCACGAUUUUGAUGAACCAGGGCCCGUUUCCAAAGUGAGGAAAGUACGUUCCAACGACCUAUUGAGCCAAGGUAGCUUGCGAGUAUUAGAGACGGGAGACGCAAAACACAAGCGUGCCUCAUCCGUUGGCGAUUUGAAGAGAAGCGUGCCCACAUCGCUUAUUACCCCCAUCAUAAACUGGACUGCUCAAGAUGAGGUCAUAGCCGACAGUUGGUUCGAGAACCUGCGCAACCAUGCACACGUCUUGCUAGACAGGUACCAAGAUGACUCCUUCAAGCAGAAGAAGACCGAGCGACGUGUAAAGAUCGCUGUACUUGACAGUGGAGUUGCGAAGAGCACUUCUCGAGGCCCAGUUCCGCCGCUGAUGAAGAGUCCACGAGUAAAGCUAGGGAAGCAACUGGAUCCGGCCCUGCCCUGGAACUGCGAUAGCAAAGGCCACGGUACCCAUGCCGUUGGUGUAAUCCUCACUGUCUGUCCAUACGCAGAUGUGUAUGUGUACAGGGUCUGCGAAGGUAACGAGGCGAUCGACAGAAAGUACGUGGCGGAGGCCAUUAAUGACGCUGUCGAGAAGAAGAAGGUCGACAUCAUCAGUAUGAGUCUAGGCUGGAACGAGGACAGUGAUUACGAACUUCGAGCGGCGAUUAGACGUGCUAGAGCUAGCAAUGUUCUACUCUUCGCGGCGAGCUCAAACGAAGGCAUCCGAACGAAAGCCGGCAUGUCGUAUCCAGCUCGAGCUUUGGAAGUUAUUGCCGUCGAUGCAGCAGAUGUUCAUGGUAACCCGUCCAAGUUCAAUCCUCCACAACUCAGCCAUAAAGCCAGAUUUACUGCCCUGGGCGAAGCAGUAAGGUCCACGUACCCUAUACACCUUCCUUCUGAGGAUCCGAAGGAGGGGUGGAAGAGAAUGAAUUUGCCCGUCAACGGCCGCUUUGCUUCGAGCCUGCCAUCGAAGCCUACCUAA